AUGGACUUUGAAGAAUUCGAAGAGAAGGACGGAGUGCGAUUCUCCUGGAAUUGCAUUCCCUCUACCCGAAUUGAGGCUUCCAGAACCGUCGUUCCCAUCUCGGCUCUGUACACUCCUCUGAAGGAGAAGCCCAACCUCCCCGUACUGCAGUAUGAGCCCAUUGCAUGCCGACCCCCCUGUCGAGCUGUGCUCAACUCCUUCUGCCAGGUUGAUCUGCGAGCCCGAGCCUGGGUCUGUCCUUUCUGUCUGUCUAGAAACCAGCUGCCUCCUCAGUACCGAGACAUUACUCCCGAAAACUUGCCCCACGAGCUGCGACCCGAGUGCACCACUGUUGAGUACGUUCUGUCCCGACCUGCUCCCAACCCCAUCUUCCUGUUUGUGGUUGACACCUGUCUGGACGCCGAGAACCUGACUGCUCUCAAGGAUCACCUUGUGGCCACUCUUUCUCUGAUCCCCGAGAACGCUCUCGUCGGUCUCAUCACCUUUGGCGCCAUGGCUCAGGUCCACGAGAUUGGCUACCGAGAGUGCGGCAAGAGCUUCGUCUUCCGAGGUAACCGAGAUUACACUGCGAAGCAGGUGCAGGAACAGCUGGGUCUCAACCAGCCUAUUGGUCACCGAGUCCCCCAACAGGGAGGACAUCCCCAGGCCCAGGGAGCCGCUGCCCGGUUCCUCCUGCCUCUGCAGAACGCCGAGUUCGCCCUCACCAACGUUCUGGAGGGUCUGCAGAAGGACCCCUGGCCCGUGGCUGCCGACCGACGACCCAUCCGAUGUACCGGUGUGGCUCUCGGAAUUGCUCUCGGCCUGCUGGAGACUUCCUUUCCCAACUGCGGUGCACGAGUCAUGCUGUUUGCUGGUGGUGCCCCCACUGAGGGUCCUGGUAUGAUUGUGGGUCCCGAGCUCAAGGAGCCCAUCCGAUCUCACCACGAAAUUGAAAAGGACACAGCCAAGCACUCCAAGGCUGCCACAAAGUUCUACGAGGGUCUGGCCAAGCGAGCCACCACCCAUGGCCAGGCCGUUGACAUUUUCGCCGGUUGUUACGACCAGAUUGGUAUGCACGAGAUGCGAUCUCUGCCCAACUCCACCGGUGGAGCUCUUGUGCUCUGCGAUGCCUUCUCCACAUCCAUCUUCAAGUCCUCGCUGACCAAGAUGUUUGCCCGAGACGCCAACAACUUCCUCCAGAUGGGUUUCAACGCCACCUUUGAUGUCGUGCCCUCCAAGGAGCUCAAGGUAUCUGGUCUGAUUGGCCACGCCGUUUCAAUGAACAAGAAGAACCCCAGUGUAGCUGACACCGAGAUUGGUAUUGGCCAGACUUCUUCGUGGAAGAUGUGCUCCAUCACUCCUGCUCACACCUACGCGACUUUUUUCGAAGUGGCCCAGCAGCAGGGCACUCCUGCAGGCCAGAUCCCCCCUGGAUACGUGCAGUUCCUGACGCAUUACCACCACUCGUCCACUCAGCAACGUCUUCGUGUGACCACUGUUGCCAAGGCUCUUGUGCCCGGUGGCGAUCCCCACAUUGCCAGCUCCUUUGACCAGGAGGCUGCUGCUGUGCUUAUGACUCGAAUUGCCAUUUUCAAGUCCGAGACCGAGGACGGCAACGACAUUAUGCGAUGGACCGACAAGAUGCUGAUCCGUCUAUGCCAAAAGUUUGCUGACUACAGAAAAGACGACGCGUCUUCGUUCCGACUCGCCCACAACUUCUCGCUGUACCCCCAGUUUAUGUUCCAUCUACGACGAUCGCAGUUCCUGCAGGUGUUCAACAACUCGCCCGAUGAGACUGCCUUCUACCGACACUGCCUGAACCGAGAGAAUCUCAACAACUCGCUUAUCAUGAUCCAGCCCACCCUGCUGUCGUACUCUCUGGAGCAGGAGCAGCCCGUGCCUGUACUGCUGGAUUCGGUGUCCAUCAAGCCCGAUCACAUUCUGCUGCUGGACACCUUUUUCCACAUUCUCAUUUUCCACGGAGAAACCAUUGCCAACUGGCGAAACCAGGGCUACCAAGAAAAGGAGGAGUACGCCAACUUUGCUGAGCUUCUGCAGGCCCCUCGAAUGGAGGUCCAGGACUUGCUGGUUGACCGAUUCCCUUUGCCUCGAUUCAUUGACACUGAUGCUGGAGGUUCCCAGGCCCGUUUCUUGCUGUCCAAGCUCAAUCCCUCCAACACCCACCAGAGCGACAGUGGCUACGGCACUCCUGGCAGCGCCGUGGUGCUUACUGACGAUGUGUCUCUGCAGACUUUCAUGUCUCAUCUUCAGAAGUUGUCUGUGGCUGCCUCCUCUUAG